GCUCCGAGGCCCCGGCCGCCCUCAGCGCCCCGCGGCCCCCUCUCGGGCGCCCUCCCUGCCCGUCGUCCUUCUCCGUCCCCCACCGCAUCCUGGGGACCGCUGUCCCGCCUGGCUCGGCCGGGACGCUGCCCCCUCGGCCGCGCCCCCUGCGCAGCGGCAACUUUUCCGGGCCCGGGGGAAGUGACGGGCCGGGACUCAUGGAGGAGCCCCCGCGCCACCAGGGCGAGGAGGGCGGCGCGGAGGAGGACGAGGCCGGCCCCGAGGGCGCCCUGGGCAAGAGCGCCUUCCAGCUGACGGCCGAGGACGUGUACGACAUCUCCUACGUGGUGGGCCGCGAGCUGAUGGCGCUGGGCGGCGACCCCCGCGUGGCGCGGCUGCAGUUCACGAUCGUCCGCGUGCUGGAGAUGCUGGAGGCGCUGGUGACCGAGGGCGGCCUGGCGGCCGAGGCGCUGCGGCGGGAGCGGGACAGCCUGCGGCGGGAGGUGGAGGGGCUGCGGAGCGGGGGCGCUCCCGCCGGCGCGGGGGUGAACCUGGGACCAGACAAAAUGGUGGUGGACCUGACAGAUCCCAACCGGCCCCGCUUCACCCUGCAGGAGUUGAGGGACGUGCUGCAGGAGCGAAACCAGCUUAAGUCACAGCUGCUGCUGCUGCAGGAAGAACUGCAGUGCUACCGGAGUGGCCUGCUCCAACCAAGAGAAGCAACAGGAGGAAGAGAAAAAGAUGGUGUGGUUGGCAGAUCCAGUGGUGCCACAGAGGAGAAGACCAUCAUGAGGAAGCUGUUUUCUUUCCGGUCAGGGAAGCAGACCUAACCUGAUGGCCAUGAGCAAAGCAGCCUCCGGCUUGAGAAGACAAUCAAGGCAGCUUCCAGAAUCAUCUCUGUGUUCCAUGCACCCACAUGAGGCUUGCACGUGUCCCCAGAAGCAGUCCGAGGAGGAAGGGGCCGGGCUCUCUGGCUUCUGGGCUGCAGAACAGGGCAAGGAACACACACGGGGCUUCCUCUUGCCUGGCCUGCGUGUGCACACAGACCUGGCCACCGCUGGUCCUAGUCUUCAGUGUGCCAGGAAGCGCGACUCACUUCCGAGUCGUGACUCCACUGGUGGUGAGCGAACAGGCCUUCACUUGACUUUCUUUACAUCACUUUGUAUUAAAAUGACCUUUAUACUUUUA